UCCUACCGGCAGAGAAAGAAAGACGGGGGAUCUGGUGCACCCCAGAAGUAUGAGCCUUUGGAAGAGUUAGGAGAUUCCACCGCGGACGCCCCGCCCUUUCAACCCAGUUCAGAUGCACCGUACGACCCGCCGACAGCCAGGCUAUCGUCGUUCCCUCCUGGAUACGUUGUUCCUGAGAUCGGCUACGAGUACAAGUCCCCGCCAGACCGUGCAGACGCCCCUAAGAAGACGCCUCCACCGUCUCCUUCCCCCUCCCUUCCACCGCUUCCGUCAUUCCCUGGGGAUGCUCCACCGCCGUACGGGCCGCCGACCUAUGUGUCUCACGUCGGCCCUCGACCACUAUAA